UUCAGUGGAGCGACUUCUCUCUAUUCAUUAGCCUGACUUGGUGCAGUUGAGUUAUGUCCCUGUCUCCUAAACAACCGCAUCCAUGUCAGUUAAACUAAUUAAAAGUUCAUUAACUAACUCCAAGUGAUGUAAAAUUAAGAAACAAACCAUUAACACUCACAAAAGAAACAAAAAAAAAACAUCAAAUAUAUACAAGUUUACGUAUAUAGAAGAGCAAACACGUAGAUAGCAAGUAUAAAGAGAGAAAGAGAAAGAGGUGACAUAUCACUUGCAUCUACCUGUCAAUCUAUUUACCUGUCUAUACACACACACAGACACACACACACACACACACGCACACGCACGCACAUAUUAUAUAUACAUAAGCGCAUAUAUGUUUAUACACUUGAAAUAUAUAUAUAUAAUAUAGUACAUGUUUGAAUAUAUAUAUAAAUAUUCUGUACAUAUAUAAAUAUAUAUAUCAUAUAUAACAUCUAAUUAAAGGUUAUUUUAUUUUCACUGGAUUGACAUCAAUAUGCUGAAUAUUUGGAUAUUUUAAAUCUCUGGUGACUUGAGUUCUACGACUACCAUCAUAUAUACAUGAAUGCACACAUUCACAUGCAAACACAGUCAUAUGUAAAUAUAUACACAUUCCACGCAUACAUACCUGAAUAUAUAGAUAUAUAUAAACUGACGAACUGAGUGUUCAGUACAGAAGCAGAGUGUUAGUAUUUAUUAUAUAUAACGCCGAGAAUAGUUAUUUAACGGAUUAUCGAAAAUAUAAUUUGGAUCAAAAACGUGAUAAAUAUUUCAUGAUGUCCGACGGAAAAGCAAUAGAAGCAGCACCAGAGGGGGCAAUUGUUCGUGAACAAUGGGGUCAUAAGGUAGAAUUUAUUCUCUCCCUUGUUGGUUAUGCUGUCGGAUUAGGAAACAUUUGGAGGUUUCCUUAUCUUGCAUACGAAAAUGGAGGAGGUGCCUUCCUGAUUCCAUAUGCAAUUAUGUUGUUCGUUGCUGGCUUACCUUUAUUUUUCCUUGAGCUUUGCUUUGGUCAGUUCUCAUCUCUCGGUUCGGUAACAAUCUGGAAAGUCUCACCAGCUUUUAAAGGUGUCGGUUUUGGCAUGGCCCUUAUAUCUCUGAUGGUAUCCAUCUAUUAUAAUGUAAUCAUCAUGUAUUCUGUGUAUUAUAUGAUGGUGUCAUUUGUCUCUCUCGAUACGAAAUUACCCUGGUCUUCCUGCAACAAUACAUGGAACAGUAAUCGAUGUACCUUAAGUAAACCAGACUAUACCAUCUUGAACGAAACAGAAAAAGUCAAGGCAGUUUUACAAUACACCAACCUGACAUGCCUGCAAGAGAAACAACAAAAUGAAACUUUCAACUACACUCAGAUAGUAAAUCAGACUGAGUGUGCCAUCAAGGCUUCACUUCCAGCACAAGAAUAUUGGGAAUUCGUCAUGUUGCGCAUUCAUGAGUCAAGUGGUAUCGGAGAUGUGGGUAAUGUCAGUCUAAAAAACAUUCUAGCAUUGCUUGUGACUUGGGUAAUCAUCUAUCUUUGUCUUCGUGGUGGAGUAAAAAGCUCUGGAAAGGUUGUCUACUUCACCGCUACAUUUCCUUAUUUGAUGUUGAUAAUACUGUUGAUAAGAGGCGUUACAUUACCCGGUUAUUACAAAGGUAUAGAAUUCUAUAUCAUACCAAAAUGGGAUCGUCUUCUUGAUGUUAAGGUUUGGUCACGAGCUGCCACACAAAUCUUUUACUCUCUCGGUCCAGCCUUUGGUUCUCUAAUUACAAUGGCGAGUUAUAACAAGUUCCACAAUAACUGCUACAGGGAUGCUAUCUUUGUGGCUCUUAUAAACUGUGGAACCAGUGUCUUUGGCGGAUUUGUUGUCUUCUCAAUGGUCGGUUACAUGUCUGAAAUUUCUAAUAUGCCUGUGGAAGAGAUCCCAAUUGGAGGUGCUGGCCUUGUUUUUAUAGCUUACCCAGAGGGACUGAGUAGAAUGCCGGUAUCCCCACUUUGGAACUUCCUCUUCUUCUUUAUGAUUUUUACGUUGGGAUUAGACAGUCAAUUUGCCAUGAUGGAAUGUGUUAUAAGUUCAAUCGUCGAUGAAUUCCCUCGGCAACUUCGUAGCAGGAAGGGACUUGUCACUGCAGGUUGUUGUUUUGUUGCUUUUCUACUUGGAAUACCUUGCGUUACGGUGGGUGGUAUGUACGUUCUGACAUUGAUGGACAAUUACACUGCCAGCUAUGGUCUACUAUGCGUCUGUCUGACGGAGGUAAUUGCUAUCAACUGGGUUUAUGGAUUCCGUAAUUUCUGCUUGGAUAUCAAAAUGAUGCUUGGGUUUGAACCAGGAAUUUACUGGAAGGCUUGUUGGAUACUUAUUACCCCGCUCGCCAUUGUAUUCAUCCUGAUUAUGUCAGCAGUGGGUAACGUGAGAGCCUCCUACCAAGAAUAUUAUUUUGAAGACUGGGCGCAAGGAGUGGGAUGGGCGCUGGUGGUAUUGCCAAUCAUCUUAAUCCUUGUCACGGGUAUAUACCAGUUCUUUAAAUUUGGUAGAUCGUUUGAAAGAAUCUUCAAACCUACAUAUGACUGGGGGCCUGCUUUAAACGAAGACAGGACUGAUCGCUACGCGCCGAUCGCUGUAUCCGACGAAAACCUACCAGAUUAUCUAAAGACGAUGGAAAAACCUUCGAAACUUGAUGAUGUAGUUAUCACCAAAUUUUAAUAUUGACUUCAUAUAUUUGAGAGAAUAUUUAAACAACAGCAAUAAUAAUAAUAAUAAUGAUAAUAAUCAGAAGAACAAUAACAACAACAACAACAACGACAACAACGUCAAUAAUAUUAAUGAAACUACUAAGACUAAUAUUGAUAAACUUUCUCACUGCCAUCAUAUUUCUUAUGACAAAUGAUAAAACUUGCUCAAUACGGAGCAUAAAUCUCGGAUUUCCAGACAACGGCAAAUGAGAUUUCGUGCUGUUUCAGUACGUUAUUAUAGGUUGGAGUUAUUGAAAUAAAAGAACUGAUACAUCCGCUAACUCCACCCACUACUCACUAAACUAUGCAUAUAUAAUGAUAUAAUAUAUACUCAUCGAUGUACGUGUGAAUGUUUACAAUAAAUAUUUUUCAUUUAUAUUAGGCAAUGUAAAAAUAUAUAUAGCUAUACUUAUAAUAUGCCCAUAUAUGUAUAUGCAUAUACAUAUGUGUGUGCGUGUGUGUGUGUGUGUGUGUGUGUGUGUGUUGUGUGUGAAUGCAUUAUAUAUAUAAAGUUAGAUUAUAUUCUGUUAAGAACGUUGAAGAGUACAGUACAAAGCUCGUCCACCUUCAGAUUUCACCUGGUGCUAUCUAUCAGUAGUAUUAUACGUACUUCCCCGAUUUGGGUUGGAGAUUCUGUAGUGUGUGAACGGAAAAUAAGUUGGAAUCAACAAGAAGGAGUACAGUUGGGGAUAUAUUUGUAAUCACUACAACUGUUUCCACGCAACGUAGUUCUCCAAGUCGCAGGUAUUUGGUUAUGCAACCGUUUCCCUACAUUAUGAGAUCUAGUUGUGCUUCCUCGGGUGAUAUAUAAAUAUUGUCUAUGUAAACUAACAUUCUAGGCUUCAAGCGCAUCUUUUCUGUCUGUCGUGGCCUGCGAGGUAGUAGUAGCCACGUAGUGUGUGUGUGUGUGUGUGUGUGUGUGUGUGUGUGUGUGUGUGUGUGUGUGUGUGUGUGUGUGUGUGUGUGUGUGUGUGUGUGUGUGUAAUUAUAAUAGCUGUUGUUUAGAUAUGACAAUAAUUAUAUUUGAACAUGUAUUUCUGUACUUUGUGAAACUUUGUUUGUAUAUAGCUGCGUGAAGGCUUUUCAUACUACCAAUCUUUUGCAACUGAAUUAUACCCGGUCACAAACGAUAUCACAGGCAUUCACAUCAUGUGCUUUGUACGUGUGUGUGUGUGUGUUUAAAUACAUAUGUGCGUGUAUGUGUAUAUAUGUAUACACACACGCGCGCGCACGCACACAAACACACACAUACACACACACACACACACACACAUACACACACAUGGUCUGUCACUAUCAUGAAUACCAUAAUAUCUAAUGAAAACAUUUCAAGUUUCGACUUAAUGGAUCUUUUUCACAAAAUGGCCCCCUAUUUUUCGUCCGCAGUUUUCAGAGAAUUGAAAUGAAUUCUGUUAACAUUAAAGAUAUUUGAUAAUGCAUAUCAUUCAACCGCUCUCAUGUUGAAACAGAUCCAUUUAGUCUCUACAUACCACAUUGGUCUGUAUCGUAUAACAAUAUAUUCCUAUGUAGUCACGUGAUUUAUUCUUUAUGAUUCUGCAUGUAAGCGUGACAUAUUAUCAUGUAGACUACUUAAGCUUUCUGUUACAUUAUGACACAGCUCUGAGCAGCUCCAUGACCUCCUAUUCCAAAAUAUAUUCGAAAAAAUAUCCUAUUCCUACAAGUUUAUCUAAACUGAACAACUGUCAUUAAAUUUUUAUAAACAUCUCUUCACAAUGAAAUUCAUCCAACUGAAUGUAUGUAUUUCUUCGGGAAAAUUUCACAAACAUUUAUCCACUACUUAAUCUUUUAUUUUUAUUAUAUAACUACAUUUUCCAUGGUUUUUAUAACACAAUUUUACGGUAGUUUUUGACAAUAUCAUCAAAAAUAAAAAAAGAAAUUCAAGAAA